AAAAUGAAAAAUAAAAAUUAAAUUUGACUUCUGCUGACGUGCAGAACUUUGAGUCAAUUUUUCGAGAGUGAUUAAAAUUUUACAAUGCGAUUCAGUGGUUUAAAUCCAAAAUAUCCGGCUAUAUGUGGCCGUAGAAAAAAGGAUCAAAAUAUUAUUUGAGAGGGAUAUUAAUGAAUAUCAAGUGAAGUGUCAAACUCUCUCCACAAAUGUCUAAUUAAAUUAAUAUUCAUAAAAAAGAACAUUCAGUGGACAAAAUCACAUGAAAGAGAUUAACACAAAAAGGAAGAUAAAGUUUUUUUUUGUAUUGCAGAUUUUGUGGCAUUCGACUGUUUAAUUAAGCUCAAAUGAAAAUGAAGGAAAUUGCCAUAAACAUGUGUAUAGCAUAAUGAGAAAUUUAGUGGAAUGAACUGUAUAUUAAUUGACAUCAGAUGAUGAGCUUUAACCCAAUUAAUUAAG